CUCGUGAAUAUGUAAAUAUUACGAAAAAACUCGCCAUUAUGAUUCAAAUGAAUCGUUUUCGAAUUUGUGUAUGCUAUGUGAUCACUACCCUGCUAAUAAGUAUUUUUGUCUACAGUCUGAUAUCGAAUAAUAUUCAGAAUGCCAGAGAAUUGAAACGUUUGCGGGAGGAAAUGGAUGAAAUCGCACAUUUAGUUCUCCACAAUUCAGUAAGUGGGCAUCGGGACACGUCCAAUCACCUUUCAGAGUUGGUGGAUACGAUGAUCAAGAAACGUCUCUCCGGCAUAUGGGAAGAUUUAUUUAAUCUCAAGAAAUCGCUGAAAAUUAAACAAGAUGCCAAGGGGAUGGAAAGCCCAGAAGAUGUGGAAAAUUCAGCCAUGGCUGCCAUUGUGGAACGUGUAAAUUUUGCCUCUGACGAAUUGGGCGCCAAAAUUUUAUCCAUUUCAGCAGAACCAAUUUGUCCGACAAGUUUUCUCAAAUCAUGUCUGGGCAUGGAGUUUUCAUGUAAUCCUCCCAUAAAUAUGCUCAGGUCCACAAUGAAGCCGGGCAAUUGUUUUGGAUUUCGCAAUACCGGCUCGGCUGAGGUGACAGUGCAGUUGAGUCAUGAGAUUCUCUUAGAUCAAAUUCUGUUGGAACACAUACCCAGGCAUCAAUCUCCGACGGGAGAUACCACAUCGGCGCCCAAGGAUUUUGAAAUAAUUGCAAUCUAUGGCGAUUUGCAUGAGUUUUCUUUGGGCAAAUAUAGGUUCCACAAUGACCCGAAGAGGACCAGCCAAUAUUUUACGGUCCUAACCAGUGAUCGUGUGGGAAUUUUGAAAUUUAGAUUUCAAACAAAUCAUGGCCAUCCGAGUUAUACGUGUGUUUAUAGAAUUGCUGUCUACGGCAGAUUAUAAGGUCAACAAAUCUAUGCAGCUGAUAAUUUUAGAAUGGAAAUUAUUUUUUGUUUGCUCAAAUAAUUUAUUGUGUGUUUUGUUAUUAUUUAUAUAUUUGGUGUUGUUUAUUUGAAAAUAUGUAUGUUUUGUAUUAUAUUUUACGAAAAAAAAAACAAUAAAAU